AGAAGGGGAAAACAUAGAACGUAGCCAGUGAGACCAGCCAGAGAGAGGGAGCGUGAUAGAGAGAGAGAGAGAGAGAGAGAGAGAGAGAGAGCUGAGGUCAGAGGUACAGGCAGCUCUGAGCCAGACCAGCACCCUGGAGACCGCGCACACGUGUGGGUGUGCGCACGCCUGUGUGCGUUCCUAAGGUUUGCUUGCUGACAGUAUUGUCACCUGCACGGCGACUCUCCCACCACAGACCGACAGUGAAUCUCAGCUCCUCACUGAAGAAACGACUGGAAGCAAAACAGAUGACAUGCAGCCACAGAGGACGGCAGUGUGUGACCAUCUGAACGGUUCACGGAUCAUUUUCUCAAACCAGGAUCGACCUGGAAAUGCUCUGUCCCCAGACAUGACCCAGGAAGUGGUAGUCAUCUCCCCUGGCCUUCAUGCGGCUCCUCCUACUCCGUAUUACAAGACUGCCACCACUGCCCCUCCUUCACACAAGGUUGCAGAGGUGAAUGGAGGUUCAAUGCCUGCUCCCAGUUUUGGAUCCUACUACGGCCCCAGCAAAUCACAUGAUGGAUUAUCUAAUGGAGGGCCACGAUCUGCCACGCUGCCCCACACAAUCCCCGUCAAAGAGGAGAGGCUCAUCAAGUACUCUGGGAUCGGCCCCGUGGACGAGACAGGCAUGCCAAUUGCAUCCCGAUCUAGUGUGAACAAGCCCAAGGACUGGUACAGAAGCAUGUUUAGACAGAUCCACAAGAAACCAGAGGAGCCAGACAUUGACUGGAGUGAAAAGAGCCUCACUCCCCCCUUAGAGGGCACCCAGGAGGACGGUCCCGGGGCAGGGAAAGACCCCUUCACCCUCACCCAGCACGGAGCACUACCUGACUGGACCAAUCUGGGCGAUGUAGUUAAGAUUCCAGAGCCCAAGAGCAUUUUUGACUUUGAACCAGGGCAGGGAGGCACGGCAGACGACCAGAUCCAGUCACCGAGGCAACUGCCCGUGCACCGCCCUCCUGCGAGAGGCCACUCCCCCUCGAUCGAGGCAACGCUGGUGUCAGAGCUCAACCGCUUCGAGGCAGAGUUGGACUCGGAGAUCCGGGGUCUGGAGAGGAAGCUUUCCCUGAAAGAACAGCAGCAACAGCGUGGCAGGGGUGAGGGAGCUAGGAGCCACACUCCUGGAGCUGGGACAUCAGGGAAAUCACCUGACAACAGCCGUCCGACUGGAGAAAAGCAUCCUGGAACGAAAGGCUGGAGAGGUCCACCUCUCAGCCGUGCUGUGACCCCCGGUUCCCACGUGCAGCCGGACCCGGUGCCUGGCAUCCCAUAUGCUAGUGACAGAACAGCGAGUGUGUCUGUAGAGAUGGACUUCCUUCCAAAGCGAGAGGAGAAGAAGAUGAAAGCAGCACGAGCCAAAUUCAAUUUCCAAGCACAGUCACCCAAGGAGCUGACCCUGCAGAAGGGUGACGUGGUGUACAUCCACCGUCAGGUCGACGCCAACUGGUACGAAGGAGAGCAUCAUGGCAGAGCGGGCAUCUUUCCUACCAGCUACGUGGAGAUCAUCCCACCGACGGAGAAGCCCGUCCCGAUAAAGGAACCUGCCAUCCAGGUGCUGGAGCACGGCGAGGCCAUGGCCCUCUUCAACUUCACCGCCGACCUCCCCGUGGAGCUGUCCUUCCGGAAGGGAGAGGUGAUCUCUAUAACGCGCAGGGUGGAUGACCACUGGUUGGAAGGCCGGAUUCCCGGCACCACCCGCAGCGGAAUCUUCCCCGUCAACUACGUGCAGGUCAACAAAAUGCCACGAACCAAAAUGGCCGACGACCUUCCUGGCUCUCCCCUGUCCCCCCCGUCCUCCGAGCUGCGCAGUCCCGGCCGGCCACUGCACCUCCCUCUCUCCCCCUCCCCCCACAGCACCCAGCCACUGCUUUCGCCCCACAAAGCUUCUGGCCAAUCGCGCUCACCUCUCUCACCCUCGCACCCCGCCUCCACGAAGCAGCCCUCCACUCGCUUUGUGUAUUCGCCCGGCCCCACCUCGCCCACCCCGCCGAGCAGCCCCUGGAGUGGAGCACCGCAACCGGUCACUCACACCUCGUUGGACAGAGGGGUGAGCUCACCUUUGUCACCGUCCAAUCAUGUGCUGGCGUCUCCCCAGGGCCCCGGACUGGCGGCGAAUUCAAAUCCGAGACCUUCGUAUGCCUUUCAGGAUGGGAUCAGAGCACAGCCCCCUCAGUCUUACACACAGAUAAAGACUCCGCCAUCAUCAGAGUCUCCCGUCAACAGCAGCACCACCGUCAUGCCACGGAAACCGUAUAAGGCAGUUUACAACUACAAACCCCAGAACAGGGAUGAGCUGGAGCUGAAGGAGGGAGACAUUGUCCAGGUGUUGGAGAAGUGUGAUGACGGCUGGUUUGUAGGUACGUCUGAGAGGACCCGUGCUUUUGGGACUUUCCCUGGAAACUACGUGGCACCUGUCUGAAUACCAACAUUCAACUGAGUGUUUGCCAAGCGCACCCUCUGCUAAUGCACCCCUACUCACUAUUAACUAAGAAAAUACACCCCCCACUGCCCACAAACGCACACGGAGCCACCAAAACACACGCUCCCUCUCUGCCCUAGCCUUCCAUCGACUUACCCCUCGUUAUUCAGCUCCACAAAUAGUUUGCAUGCAUACUCAAGUUCACGUUUUGAGCACGCGUGCGUUGGCGAGUGUGGUGUGGCUCACAAGCGCUCCCUGGAUGUAGCGGAGAUGGCACGGACACUGUGUGCGCAACCAAGGAAUAACCAUCACGGAACUCCUGAAACAUGACCGAUGGGAGAGGUGGUCUGUUGGACAGGGGAGCCCCACUCUAAAAGACUAGCUCUGUCAAACCUCCCAGCUUUGCUCGUACCGCACGCUGAGCUCCGAGCAUGGCGGUGAGUUGUGCGGCGCGUUUCCAACUUUACUUAAACAUCGCCUACGUGUUGCGUUUCAGAUUUGUAACAGCCUCGGCCACCUGACCACCCCUCACCGUAGGACACAGUGACGCGCUCGGCGGAUGAAAGAACAUUUUCUGACUCUGAUUUUCAAAGUGAUCAUGAAGGCUAAUGUUUCGUUUUUUGUUUGUGUGUGGGUUUUGUUUUUGUUUAUCGGCAUAGUUGAAAUCAAAUGUUUAUCAGCACGUCUGCUAUUGUUGCAAGCAUGAUCGCAUCGAUGUCUUCUCGUGCUUCUCUCACUCCGCCGCCAUCGAGACGCGUUAGACGUUCGCGAUAGCUCGAAGUGACACGCGUGGAGUGUGUCGGGAGUCCAGAACCGUACGUUAAUGGAUUGUCCUGAAACGUGCAGGAUGGGCAGACUUUGGGUUUGACAGAAUGAUAACUGCAAUAACGCGUGUUUUUGAGGGCUUGCAACCAAAAGAGAAGUCUUCGACCAGGCUGUUUAACAGCGCUCAAGUACCACCUGUGUCAUCCAGAGAACGAGUUCAGUUUGAGACAGGUCUUCUCAGUAAGCCAUGCCAGUCGUGUCUUAUUCGGUGCGACUAAUCUUAUACGGCAACUUAAUAUAGGCUAAACUGCUAAAAAACCUCCUCCACGAGGAUAAAAUGAACUUGGAAAAAUGAAGUCAAUUUCUUGACCAAACUAAAAGUGAUUGAAUCAUGGUGUGAUCGAGAGGCGAUAAAUGCGCAAAACAAAUAGUUGACACAUGUAACGUAUGUUGCUUCUGCCAAAUUAUGUUAUCUUAUUAUGCCUGUCCAUCAAACGCAAGGAAUGCAAGGAAUCCUUCUAAUGAAGUCUUAGGCUUGAAAUGAUACACGGUCAUUUCAAGCCUAAGACUUCAUUAGAAGGAUUCCUUGCAUCCACUAUCAGACGUCUACAUAGCAAAAUACAUGCGCAUUGUAAUGGAGGCAUUUGCUCUACGAUGGGUUACAAUGAAAUUGACGAGUUGUAUGAAUGAAUGCUAUAUUUUGUGGUUGUAUUAUGUAGGGUUUGGAUUUCUUUUCUAACCUUAUCAUUAUCAGUUCCAUUUUACAAUCUUCUGAUAUCUGAAACUGACAUUGCCAUAUGUUGUACAGAUAUAAAGUUAUCAAACUGCAAAAUAAUAUAUUUUUAUUGAGCACACAUUGUAUUUCGGUAUCUAUGGUACUCACCUUGAUAACACUCAAAUAAAAAAUCCAGUGCUGAAAAAGUA